AUGAAGCGAAAUGCUGAAUCAUCUUCGAUGCCAUCGGAAAGAGAAGAAAGAAAGCACAUUCGAAGAGAUGAAUCAUCCUCCAAUCAAACCUCUUUAGAUGACAACAGUAAUAUAGACACUGUACGAGUUGUAUUUAUUGUUAAAAAUCAUUGUGAAGUGGAUUUGGGAUUGAAAUUUUCACUCGAUGGCAAACACUAUUCUUUCAUGACUGUUACAGUGAUGAAAAACGAAGAAAGGAUCAUCAAGCGAUUAAUUGAUAAGCAAUCAAAAGAAUCAACAUCCAUACUUGUGAAAAAGAAUGCCAUUGCUGAAGAUGACGAUGACAUUGUGAGCAAAGAAGUACUAGAUCAUUUAGGAACAAUUUCUGUCUCAAUAUUUCGAGUGGAAGUAAGAACAACCGCAUUGGAAACAUCUAAAGAGGCCAAUCCAUCCACAACGACUCCAAUUAAAAUUAAGGAAUCUAUGAGCAAAACUAAAGACUUGUCUGUGGCUCUUGGGAAGGGCCAACCAAAGCCAUUCGAGAAAACUCAAUUUGUUUAUCAUGAAAACCUCAAAACCAUAGAAUUUGUCUAUCACACAAAAUUAGGAUAUCUAUUCGAAUUGAAUAAGGUACACAAAGGUAUGCAGUACAAGCAACAAAAAGAACACAAUGAUCGCUCCUCUCAUGAUACAAAUGCUUCUUCUUUGCCAAAAGUUAAAUCGGAAUAG